UCUACAAUCAGAUUGAUAACAAUAACGGACGUAUCUGAUCAAAGUUCAUUUGUGGCUUGUGGCUCUUUCGAUCACUGUAACUGUCCCAGUUGAAUAGUGUCAGCAUCUCAAGCAACUAGUCAAUUAUUUUCGUCAAUCAACAGUUCCAACUCCUUUUGAAAAAAGCAAUGGCUGACAAUAAAUCGAUUGAAGGACCCACUGGAAUGUGCUCAAUUAACAGGGUUGCCAAAUUGCCCGUUGUGGAGAGCACAUGGAAUGCUGCAUCAGGAAUGUAUUCCAAAGUAAAGGAAUCGAAUUCGUUUUUCAACAACGUUCUAAGUACAGCCGAGAGUACAAUGCAGUCAGCCGUGCAGGCGACGCAACCAAUCACACAGUCGAUCACUGAUAAACUGGAGAAGCCAAUCAAAUCGGUCGACUCAGUGCUCUGUUCAGGAUUGGAUUAUGUUGAAGACAAAAUUCCCGGCAUCAAAUCACCACCCAGUGAGAUGUAUGAGAACACAAAAAACCUAGUCUACAGAACGGUGCAACCAGCUGUGAAGUGUGUCUGCGACAACGUUCAGUUGGUGUCGACCGCACUCAGCCACCCCUGCCAAGCAGGAGAGCAGUGCAUCCGAUUCAUCAAAAAUGGCGGCAAUAGAGCCGUGCAGGAUCAGGAUGAACAGAAACAAGUGGAAACCGCAACAAAGAAAGAUUGAAUGCUGUGCUCAGCAUAUUUCAAAUUCGAGAAGAGACUGAAAGAAGCUUUAUUAUUGAAUAACAAAAACAAUUCAAGGAAACUAAAUUUGGAGAAUAUGUUCCAUGGAAUGUAUUGAAGUUCAACGUUUUCAAUAACAAUAUAGGCUAAAUUUUUAUGAAUUAGGAGAUCGAAUUAUUCUUAUGGAAUUAAUUUUUCAUAAUAGAAUUAAUUUCUCUUCGUUUUAGAUCGAAGUAGAAUGUAGAUGUUUUAUAAUCAAAAUUAUAUUUUUCGUUGUCGUUUUGUAAAGUUCUGGGUUUGUAGGUGAGCAUUUCAAUACCUUCUGAGUUGUUUCCCAUAGGCCAAUCAUUGUCGCUAUCUUAUUUUUUUAUGACCGUGUCUGAUGGUGUCUCGGUACCUUUGAUAGAUUUGAGAUGAAAGGUUGAUAAUUUGUCUACAACAGUUGUUGCUUGUAAUUAGAUUUUGAAUUAGAAUUAAGAGUAUUAUGAAAUCAGAAUGCAGGAAAAUGUGAGAGGGCACUCUUAAUCUGUGAUGGCCGUUUGACUGUGCAGAUUCUUCAUUUGGCCAGCGCAGGAGAGGCAUUGGUACAGGGGAAGGGUGUUGCCGAAGACCCU